UUGAGUAUAAAGUUGGCAUGCCUGGUUAGUGUUCCUUGGGAAGGCGGAUUCUGAGUCAGUAGUCUGCUGUACCUAGUCAGAUGCAGCGGGUGGGGAUCGGAAACCGUCUGGAGUGUGUCAUCAUCCUCCAGAAAUAUAAAUUCGGGCGCUUUUCAGAAAUGCGGCAAGAAAUCCAAUCGAGUUAGCCUUUUUUUUAACCCUUGGAGCAACCAAACCCGGAAUCGCAGGUGGGGGAGGGAGGAGAGAAAAUAACCGAGGGCUGUGUGAACCAUGGCAGGAGACAGCGACCAAACGGUGCAGAACCACAAGCCCCGCAAGCCCUUUCUAAUCGGGGUCGGAGGGGGCACCGCCAGCGGCAAAUCUUCAGUUUGUGCAAAAAUAGUCCAGCUUCUCGGCCAAAAUGAAAUCGAUCAUCAUAAGCGGCAGGUGGUUAUUGUGAGUCAAGACAGCUUUUACCAAGUGUUAACAGCAGAACAGAAAGGAAAAGCAAUGAAAGGCCAAUUUAACUUCGAUCAUCCAGAUGCUUUUGAUAAUGAAUUAAUAUUGAACACCCUGAGGGAUAUUGUUGAAGGCAAAACCGUUGAGAUUCCUGUCUAUGACUUUGUUUCACAUUCCAGAAAAUCUGAGACGAUUACUGUUUACCCAGCAGACGUGGUGCUUUUCGAAGGUAUCUUGGCCUUUUAUAUGCAGGAGAUCCGAGACAUGUUUCAGCUGAAGCUUUUUGUGGACACUGACGCAGACACCCGGCUAUCACGCAGAGUAUUAAGAGACAUCAGUGAAAGGCAACGGGACCUGGAACAAAUUUUAACACAGUAUAUAACAUUUGUCAAGCCAGCUUUUGAAGAAUUCUGUCUCCCAACUAAAAAGUAUGCAGACGUCAUCAUUCCAAGAGGAGCAGAAAACAUGGUUGCCAUAAACCUGAUAGUGCAGCAUAUCCAAGACCUUCUCAAUGGUGGGCUGAGCAAACGUCAGAAUGGUUAUUUGAAUGGCUACACUCUUUCAUGCAAGAGAGACACUUCGGAUUCCAACAGCAGACCACACUGACUGAAGGCCAGGCAGUAGAAAUCCUCUACUGAAAUUUAGCAUUGACUUUAAUAUUUACUGUUUAUGGGAAGGGAAUAUCAGUCAAGGUCUUAUAAUAAUUGUUGAAAGCAAAAUGACACUUCUUUUCUGGUGACAAUACAAUGUUUUUCAGCAUUUAUUUUUGCCAAUGCUUUAUUUUAAAAUAAGUGGAUUCCUUAUUAAAUGUUUGUGCUCAAGUAUCUCUGGUAAAGAAAUACAAUCCAAUAAUUUUGCAUUUUAUUUUGGAAGUGUAAGAAUGAAGGCAAAUCUUGCCUUGGUGUGAGCAUCAUUUUGCCAAAUAACUUUCGACAUGGGAAAGAAGCUGGGGAGCAAAAUGUUCACUGUUGUGCCUAAGAUACAGAAAUCUUUGUAUUAAUGUCUGUGCACUGAAGGGACUUUACCUGCUAACCCAUGAUGUUCCAUUGGAUUGGUUUUACAAAAAUUGCAGGCACUCUUAGGUUUGAGCAAGGGGCUGACAAGUGUUUGCAAUUCAUCAGUUUUCUUAAUGGAUAUGACGGUCAUUACUGGGGAACUUGCCUGAAUGCAAAAUGCAUUUGUGGUAGCUAUGUGAUUUGGUGAAAGGGCAAUUUAAAUUCUUUUGUGGGUUUAGAUUGUACUGAGUUAUUACAUUACAUUACAACACUUCUGAACAAUUUAUAUUCCUUUAUUAGGCUUACUUGACCCAAAGGAGUUCUGUGAAACCUGCAGUAUUGGUUCACCAGUACUUUUAAUCAUUCUAUCAUUUAUUCUGAAUAGGAAGCUAUGCUAAAUAAAGAUGGAUUGACUUUGUAUUUCCAGAAUCCUUUCAGAAAAGAAGGGAGGAUAAUGAUGCAGAUCAAACAAGCCAUAUUAUUUUAGUUAUACAUAAAAGUCUUGCAGAUCCGUUUCUCCCAGCUCCCCUUCCAUCAUUUGACAACAUUUCAGUUUUUUUCUUUAAAGAAACAAUUUUAGGAUCUUGUGCCUCCACUAAUUUUCCAGAAAUCUAUUCUAUACAAUCGCUUGUCUUUUCAAUAAUUUGAGCCUUCUGUCUCUUUUCGUCCUAUUUCCUUUAAAUUUAAUCAUACAAGUUGAUCUUUUCUCUGUCCCUUUGCUAUCUUGUUGCCUAGAUAUGAUCACUGCAUCCAUCUGCAAUUUUUCGGUUGGUUUUGGUGUAAGUUAUUUCAUUUGAAUUGGAAGAAGAGUGAACUCUUUUUGUUUUGUCAAACUGGAACCAAACAAGGAGAUAACAAAUUCUGCCUCUGUUUUCCUCCACCCACUACCUCUAUCACUCGUCGUUCAAUUUCCAUUAAUUUCGCACUACUACUUUCAGUUCCUGUUACUGAUGAAAGGGUGCACCCUGCCACCGCAGCCUUUUACAAAUUCUAAUAAGAAUUUCUGCACAUUUCCAGUAUCUCGAGUCCAUAUUUGAGAUUUAAUUAUUUGUGUUUACUUUGAGACCAGGGUAUCUCCUGUGCUCAAACUGAAUCUGCUCCAGAAUUGAUCUUCAUUAAAAGCCGCUUUUAUCAAUGCAUUUUAACGUGAAAAGUUUCAGGAUGCAAAACAUUAACCCUUUUUUUGUUUUGAGUUUCAUUUUCAUUGCUAAGACACAUAUUGGACCUAUUUAAUGUCAACCUGCUGUAUUUUUGUUUUGAGGGAGCACUGAGUGCAGAGAUUUAGGCGUUAACAUUAAAUACCAGUAGUGCCAAGCCAUAAAGAGUAUUUUCAGGUUAAGUUGAAGGACAAAUGGCAGCUGUGUGAGUUUUGUAGAUGCAAAUAAUGUUGGCUAAAGUAAGACCUACACAUAGAAAGUGGGUAGGAGUAUACAUGAUAGUACCUUUCUAGAUUCAGGAGAUAUAUAAUGAAAAUAUGUUAAUAUCAUUCAUGAAUUGGGUCAUUGCUGUUGCUGUAACCCGCUGCUUCUGGAAACCAAUAUAGACAUAUUGGUUCACACUAAGAUUGUGGUCAAUUCGUCCUUUUAGCCAAUUUUUUAUUUCAAUGGUUGUACAUGUAGAUGUUUUUUGUUUAUUUAGAAAGGCAGAAAGAUUAAAUGCUUACUAACUCUGAAAUUUGAAGCUUUAUGUGGAUGCUUGGUCCUGACUCUAAAGAACUUGAAAUGUAAACAAAGUGCUGAAAUACGCUAAGCAUCAUUAACCUGAAAUGGCAAAUCUGUUUGUCUCGACAGAUGCUGCAUGACCUGCUGAGAAUUUCAGUAUUUGCUUCCAAUUUCUGAUAGCCACAGUAUUUUGCUUUUGCCUAAAAUACUUGAAUUGUAUUUGUUGUCUAAAAGGCAAAUGCCUGUAAGCUUAUGUUUCUGCCAACUUCUGAAUUGUUACACAUUUCUGGGGUUUUACUGGCUAUCACAUAAAUGGGGAAUUAAACUUGAAGGAGAAAUAUAA